AUCUCCGUGGAUGUAUUAUCGCUCGCAAUCGAUCGCUCACUUAUUUCGGCCUCUUUUACACGUCCACGUAUCCCAGGAUGUCUCACAGAAAAUUCUCAGCUCCCAGGCACGGUUCCUUGGGCUUCCUGCCCCGUAAGCGCAGCAGGCGCCACAGAGGCAAGGCCAAGGCUUUUCCUAAGGAUGACAAAAGCAAGCCAGUACAUCUUACCUGCUUCGUUGGAUACAAGGCUGGAAUGACCCAUAUUGUUCGAGAUGUAGAUAGACCUGGUUCAAAGGUGAAUAAGAAGGAAGUGGUUGAAGCCGUGUCCAUUCUUGAGACACCUCCCAUGAUCAUUGUCGGUCUUGUGGGUUACAUCGAGACACCAUCCGGUCUACGUGCUCUCAAGACUGUCUGGGCUGAACAUCUCAGUGAUGAGUGCAAACGACGAUUCUACAAGAACUGGUACCGCUCCAAGAAGAAGGCCUUCACCAAGUCCUCCAAGAAGUGGGCUGAUGAGAUGGGCAAGAAGGAGAUCGAGAAGGACCUCAACGUCAUGAAGAAAUACUGCACCGUCAUCCGCGUCAUUGCUCACACCCAGAUGAAACUGAUGAACCAGCGCCAAAAGAAGGCUCAUGUCAUGGAGAUCCAGCUCAAUGGUGGCAGCAUUGGAGACAAGAUUGAGUGGGCCAGGGAACGCCUGGAGAAGAACGUCCCUGUUUCUGAGGUCUUUGGACAGGACGAGUUGAUCAAUAUCAUUGGUGUUACCAAGGGACAUGGAUUCAAAGGUGUAACAUCCCGUUGGGGAACCAAGAAGCUGCCCCGUAAGACCCACAAGGGUCUACGCAAGGUUGCCUGUAUUGGAGCCUGGCAUCCAGCCCGUGUGGGCUAUGGAGUUGCCCGUGCUGGUCAGAAGGGUUACCACCACCGUACCGAGAUCAACAAGAAGAUCUACCGUGUUGGCAAGGGCUAUCAUUUGGAUGGAAACAAGUUGGUGAAGAACAACGGAAGCACAAUUCAAGAUAUCACAGACAAGAGCAUCAACCCCAUGGGUGGAUUCCCUCACUAUGGUGAAGUGAAGAAUGACUUCCUGAUGAUCAAGGGCUGUGUCAUCGGACCCAAGAAGAGGGUCCUUACCCUCCGCAAGUCUCUCCUUGUCCACACCAAGCGUGUUGCCCUGGAGAAGAUCACCCUGAAGUUGAUCGACACCACCUCCAAGUUUGGACACGGUCGCUUCCAGACUCACGCAGAGAAGAAGGCUUUCAUGGGUCCACUGAAGAAGGAUCUCAUCGCUGCCGAGUCGGCUGCCAGCUAAGCAGAGUAACCCAUCUCGGAAUCUCAAUACCCGUUCGCAAAAUAAUUCGAAAUGCCCUCUUUCACCGAAGCCAAACAUCUGGUCUAUACUACAUCAGUCGCUCAUCUUGUAUCAAAAUGCCCAAUAUACCAAUUAUUAUUUGUCUGUGAGACUCACUCUCGCAUACCAUAAUGAAAAUCUGAUCUAGCUGCAGCUCUUCAGACAGAACUAUACUAAUAUUUCAAAUUAUCAUUUUUCUGUGACAUCUCUGGUUCCCAUCAUCUGGACCAAGCAUGUAAAUCCUACAUGAGAAUAAAUGGAUAUAUGCUUACACAAA